AGGCUGGCGAAAGAGCGGUGCCCAUGGCCAUGGCGGAGCCAGCGAUCGCUGGGCGCAGAAAUCGCGUCAUCAAGCCGCCGACGCCGGAACCAGAGCCGGAUCUGAUGGGGAGCCCUGCAGUGAGCGGAGCAUUGGUAGGAUUGGCCUUCAAACUUCCCUUAUCCGCUCUGUCCUUUUUCAUUUCCUCUCCCUUCCUCUUUCCAUUUGUCCGUCUCCUGCCUCCCUGCCUGCCUCCUUCCUGCCUCCCUGAGCGCUGCCACUUGCUGCCCAGUGCGCAAGUGUCGCCACGCUUGUGAGCUCCCCAGGCUCAGCGGAGUGUAGUAGGUAACUCCCUGAACCACCUACGCCCAGAGGGCUGGUGGGAUUAGGGGUCUGUCGAGCGAUCGGGCCUUCGCCUCUGCCGCGGGAGUAGCCGCUUGGGAGCGCUGUGAAACUAUUGUGGGGUUGGCGCCCCUUGACGCGGCGCGUUGAAGGUGGGCGCGCGGUGUGAUGUCGCUCCGGUGCCCGCCGCGGUGGGGAGUCGUAACCUUCGGUUCCUUCUUUUAAGUUGCAAUCCGCCUGCUGUUUCGGGCGUUUGAUUCGAGCUACUGCGCGCAGCUGGCGCUUCGUUGCAGGCAUGCAAGGAGGCGUCCGCCGCCCGCGCGCGCGCUGCCAUGUCGGUGGUUGGCGGAUUACUACAGAGCAGUGAUCAACCUUCCCAGGAAGGGUUUUUUGUCUCACAUGAUUACUUAAGAUCAUGAGCUAACCCCCGAGGGCUGGUGUGAUUCGCCUCAGUCUGUCGCCAUGAUUUGUCCAGGGGCAGCUCGGUCUGAACAGGAGAAGAGGGAAGGUCCAGCGAGGCCUCCGAGUAUGCUGGGUCGCGCGAGGCCAUGCUGCGUGUCCUGUCAUGGAACAAUUGAGGUUGGCGAGACGAGUUCUGGCGUAUCCUCCCCGCUAAUCCUUAACCCUCGCUAGUCCCUAACCCGCCCCCUGAUCUCUGCCGCAGUGGCUCUGGUUCCUAACGCGUCUGCCAUGAUGGCGUGUCUUUCCGACACGCUUCCCCUUUUUUGAACCACCAGUUGAUCCC